CUGGGAAGGGAGGGGGUAGGGGUAGAGGGAGAGGAUUUUUGGAGGUUCCAGGGGUGUAGACGGAGGGUGAACGGCCUCCCGGACGACCUUCAGACGGAGGGCGGUGGGCGGGCGUCUCGGAAGACUCCGCAGGGUAAGGAACGGCUGGUGUACACGUCUGGGACACGCCGGCCGGCUGGUUCAAGGGUUACGGACACGGGAGCACAGACUACGUAUCAUUGGUUACAGUUCAAGGAGUCUGAACACUUGUACCGACAUCACUGA